CAGGAGUAGACGAAGACUUUGAGUAUCGACCAAAAAGUCAUUCCACCUUCCUCGUUCAUGUACCUGAGUGUAUACUUAUAUGAUUUCUCGUCAAUUUAUUUAAAAGAAGGAGCGAUCCGAUAUGUCGAAAAACUACGACAAUUGGGAGAAGCUAGUCGGAGCCGUGCUGAAGAUAGAGCAGUUCAGGCAGCUUGCUGCGCGCAACUCAACAAGUUGCAGCACCAUCAGCGACGACAUGUCAUUUUCAUGGCUUGACAAUGACGCCCCAAAAAUUCAAACACUCACACUUUAUUACGAUGCAACUCAUACGGAAACCAUUUGGGGAAUGUUCCUUUCUCCUCCUCAAGAAUUGCACUCGGACUUAGAAACAGUACCAAGAUCUGUACCUGGGAAGGUGGUUUUUCUUCCUGUUGGAGCUAGAGAAUUUGUGAUUCAGACUCAAGAUUCUCCAGCGCAGUAUCUUCCUUUCUCUAGCAAAUACGAAUACGAUUCCAAUUCCAGGUUUGAAACUGUGGAGAUCAAAUCUUUUUCAGCAGUCGAUAUUCGAGGGAAGAUCAGAACGCGUCUGCUGACCUCGAACACCAUUUAUGGAGCAUAUCUAAUCUUUAAAUUAGCAUACGACCCCUAUGAUGGUGAGAGGGGCAGAGGGAGAGAGAAGGCCGUAUGCCGUAGUGAUAGAUGGACAGAAUUCCAAAUCGGAAGUUUUUAUGUGGACGGUGCAGACGAGCAGGAGAUGGAAGCGCGUGUCGUCGAGACAAGUAACCGAUGGAAGGGUGGUCUUUUAGUUGGGGGAAUCGAGUUUCGACCUCUUGUCAGCGUUAAGCAACUCUGAUAUCUUUUUGUUUUAUAAAGUAAGGAACACAAGCUUUAUUAGGCCAUGUUCGAUUUCCUCAUUUCAGAUUAAUCUUAAAACGACAACAUGAACACAUAUAUGUUUAUCAAUGGUAUUCGACAUGUAUAGUGUGUAUCACUAAUUUUGAUUCCAACACUGGGAACAUACAAAUUAAUGAAAUGAAAGAUUAUUAUAUGAGUGGA